AUGCGCUUUUCGAAAGAGAUGAACUUAGAGGGGGACAGAGGCCAGUCAGUGAUUUGUGGCAAUGGGAAACUUAGACAGUGGCUGAUCGAUCAGAUUGACAGCUGCCGCUAUCCCGGACUGGUUUGGGAGAAUGAAGAGAAAAGCGUUUUCAGGAUUCCAUGGAAACAUGCGGGCAAACAGGAUUACAAUCGAGACGAGGAUGCUGCACUCUUCAAGGUGCGUUUGGACCCACACCCUGACUUUACCCGACUUCUCCUGUUCUUUUUCUUCUACUUUGAAGUUACUAUUCACAACUCGUGAAUAUUGAAUAUAAUGUGCAGGAGCGCCAUAAAGUAUAGCUAACUCAAUCAUAUUCAUACUUAUUUAUCUCCAGACCUAGUCUACUUGGUCAGGUGUAAUUUACAGUAUUUGCUAUAGACUACCUGUUGAUUCUUAUUGGGUAUAACAAGUGAUGAUCUUUGUUCAAGGGAAUGGAUAUUUGUUCAAGGCAAAGACCAUGACAUGUUAAUUUUGAUGCAGGCCCACAAUGCCUUACUUAUCGGCAGAUAAAUUGAAAUUUAAUGUAGAGAGGAAAUGUUAAUCUGUCAACUUAUUAUGUUGUUGAUUAUUGCAGGCCUGGGCAUUGUUCAAAGGGAAACACAGGGAAGGAGUGGACAAACCAGAUCCCCCCACAUGGAAGACCAGACUGCGAUGUGCUCUGAACAAAAGUAAUGACUUUGAUGAGCUGGUGGAGCGAAGCCAACUGGACAUAUCAGAUCCUUACAAAGUCUACAGAAUCAUACCGGAGGGAGCUAAGAAAGGCACGUUUUGUUCAUCUUAUUGUUGUUUUUCCAAUGUCAAGCCCAUGUCAUGAGUGUAAGCUGCUGUCAGAAAUGCCUACUGUUCUGACUGUACUGUACCAUAGUGAAGUGAUUACUUCUACUGACUACUGGCAGUUGAUGUCACAGAUUUCAUGUGUCAAAGGUAAUGAAAGCACUUGGGUUCAAGUUACACCUGCACUGCCGUAAUAAAACCAUAACCUGUGCUUCUGAGAAGUGUUGUAGUCUACCCCUCCCUAGAACAAUCACCUGCUUACAUAGAGGGUGAGCCCCGAACUCAUGUUGUCUGACUCUGAACCUAGCCGAGCAGACAUAUACACAGCCGGCAAUGUUACAUUUUGCCUCCAUCGUCUGAUGAGGCAGGAAGCAGAGAGGAAGCCAAUGUGUGUACCAAAAAGGCCUCUGCGCUUUUUUUAGAAGGCUUCAGUUACCCAGUGCAGAAUGCACAACAUACACACUUAACCUCCAGGCUUGCAUAACAAAGGCUGAAGGCUCCACCGUCAGAAGACCCCUUUGUCACUCUCAUCUGGCAGUCUCAGUUAGAAUUGACUCUUCGAGACCAAACCUGCAACCUGGGGGUUGAGACACUUUACACAUGUUGUUAUUGCAUGGCUCUAUAGUUUCUGUAUUCAACUGUUUGAAGGGCUUGAAUAGCCUUGAGCUCUGUUGAAAAGGCUCUAAUUGUAAGGAUAACAGUUGACAGACGAAUACAAUUUGAUUUGACCAUAGUGAAGGUCUUCUUAUUGAGGACAUGCAUAUUUCUGGAGGGACCACCACAUCAUUUUGCAUUAGUACAUAGAGAGUUCUAUGAUGUGAUGUCUAUUGUUAAAUUUCUGUAAUGCAGGGAUCAAGAUGGCAGAGACAACCUCACACAUGAGCUCAGUCAACAGCUACCCCAUGCACUCUCUGUACCCAUCUCUACAGAGCCAGGUAAAGUCAUUUGUUUACCCCUGCAACAGGUACAUUCAAAGAUCUUCACAGCUCAAUCUCCCUGCUGUGUGUGGAUCAGGAACCCACCACUACCUGGCUAACAGCUGUCUCCUCUCCCCCUGGCCUGUCCCCAGGUGUCUGGUGGAUUCAUGAUUCCUCAGGAGAGGAAAGAGUGGAGGGAGUACAGCCACACACUGGACCAGCCUCAGCCUCAGUCUCAGCCACCCCACACUGAGCUGCAGUACAGCCAGUGCCACUACCCUCAGCCACUCAGCCGACCCUGGCACACCGGGCCACACACAGAUAACGGUGAGACAUGGCAUGGCCAUGGGGUAGACACUGAUUAUAGGAAUGAAAAGAUCAUGGAGAGAUAA